CCCAUGGCGAGCACCGGCAACGCCCCCCGCUCGCGGAAGCGCGUCGAGGCCACCGUCCUCAAGCGCGCGCGCGACGGAAGCGCCUUCACCCGCUGCGAGGCGUGCAGCAAGAAUGUCCCCGUCGUCCUCAUCGACCUGCACAGCUGCAGCCUCGACUCCAAGAUCCGCACCAGCCUCGAGUCGCAGGUCGUGGAGAAGGCCGUCGAGGUCGCCGCCAAGGCCGAGAAGAAGAGGAAGUCGCCCUCCGCUGCCGCGGGCAAGGGGAAGAAGAGCAAGACAGGAGGAGACGGCGCCAAGAAGAAGCGCCCGCAGACUGCCUUCUUCCUCUUCAUGAGUGACUUCAGGGCGGAGUUCAAGGCGGCUCAUCCCGACGAGAAGGGCGUCUCCGCCGUUGGCAAGGCAGCAGGAGAGAAGUGGAGAUCCAUGACCGAAGAGGAGAAGAAGCCCUACGUCGACCAGGCCAAAGAGCUCAAGGCCAAGUUCGCCAGUGGCGAGGGCAGCGCGGAGAACAAUGUAGGAGACGAGGAGAAGGCGGAGGGUGAUGAAGAAGAGGUGGAGGAGGAGGAGGAGGUGGUGGAUGAGCCAGAAAAGGAGGAAGAAGCUGAGGAGGAAGAGGAGAAGAACGAGCUGGAUGAUGACAUCUAG